UGCUGGUAAGACAGACUGAACCCGUGUCCACAUGCACAUGAUCAAUUUAGUGUGUAUUGCUAGAGAUUUUUUUUUUUUUCUUGAGAGAGUGCAUUGAAUGCAGUUUUCUGGGAGACCAGAUAUAGUGAAUGCAGGGUCCAGGGAGACCAGAUAUAGUGAAUGCAGGGUCCGGGGAGACCAGAUAUAGUGAAUGCAGGGUCUGGGGAGACCGGAUAUAGUGAAUGCAGGGUCUGGGGAGACUGAAUAUAGUGAAUGCAGGGUCCGGGGAGACCAGAUACAGCGAAUGCAGGGUCCUGGGAGACCAGAUAUAGUGAAUGCAAGGUCCUGGGAGACC